CUCGUCCCAACUAUCCCAACAUGAGGUUUGAUGAGUCAGAAGACUCAGAACUGAUGAUGAGUACUUAACAUUUUUUUUUACUGUGCUUUUGAGGCCGACUCUACCCUCCCUCUUUUGUGUACUUCUCAGAAGCUUCUCUUCUCUUCUUUUUCUUCUCUCACACACACACAGUGUCUCUGCAAGUUUCAAUGGAGACUGAAAUGUUCAACAAGAUUCCAUCAUCACACCCUGAAUAUCCUGAGAUGAUUUAUGAAGCCCUUGAGUCACUAAAUCAAGAAGGAGGCUCAAACAAGUCAUCAAUAUCAAAGUACAUUGAAUCCAAAUAUGGAAACUUAGAUCAAGGCCAUUCAAAAUUACUCACUUUCUAUUUAGACAAAAUGAAGCAAAAUGGUGAGUUAGUUUUCCUCAAAAACAAUUACAUUAAACCUGGUCCAGAUGUUCCACCUAAACGUGGCAGAGGAAGACCAAGAAAAGAUCCAAAUGCACCACCUAUUCCUAAAAAACCAAAGCCAACAGCAGCUUCUAAUGCACCACCACCUCUUCUUUCUAAAACAGGAAGGCCAAGAGGUAGGCCUAGGAAAAUUAAACCACAAAAUGGUGUUGAGGGAAGCUGAAAAAUUGAAGGGGUUAUUUGACUUUUUAGGACUUUGUUGUGUUUUUUAUAAUCUUAUUAGGUAAAUUAGUGUUGUUAAUUCUCUUGUAUGAUUGGUACAUGAGUGUUGUGUGGUUGUUGUAGUUGUGCAUGUAGUUUGGAAGAG